GUUAAUUGCUUUCAUCUGGUGGGGUUCCAGCCAGCUCCUCAGAAGGAAGGAGCGCACAUUCCUGGCACCAAUUGGCCAAUUCAAUUUACUUCAACGGCAUUAGCCUCUGUCAGAAUAUUCAUGAGCAGGGGAAAGAGGACUCGCGGCACAGACAGGCGGCAGCCACUCGGGCUGGGCAAGGCGCGAGGGAGGGCAAGCGCUCGGCGCGCCGCGCUCCGGGGCCGCUGACCGCCACCGGGCGGCCCUUCUCGCCGGCGGCGGGGCGCUGGGGGCUGCGCCAGCGCCGGGCAGGGCAUCGGCGGGUUUGGCGCGCCUGGCAUUGCCCCCAACUCCAGGCGACCGCGCGGAGACUUUGCCAAACGUCCGAAGAAGGCAGAAAAAGCUGUGACACUUUCGAUAGAGGGGGGUCGGGGGGUGGGGGGCGGGGCAGAGCCUCGAGCGGGGACGAAGGGACCCAGCGGGGCACCGGCCGCCCGACGAGGGAGGCAGCGAUGUGAGCUGGACGCCAGCCCCGGAGGAGCCUGAUCGAACGUCUCCGGAGAGUCACCGGCUGUGCCAGGAAGUCAACUUCAAGCAGAUUGACUUGACUUGGAUCACAUUUGAGGAGCAUAAGUGUCCCAUAAACUGGGUUUUUUCUUAAUUUGGAAAAUACUCAAGUGUUCCAGUGGCUUAUCAUCCUAUACUUUACUUUUAAAAACCUGGCAAUCCCAUGCGGACUUCUGGUAGGAUGAGCAAUGCAAAGAGCUGGCUUGGACUCGGCAUGUCCUUGUACUUCUGGGGAUUGAUGGACCUAAUGACCACCGUUCUGUCAGGCACCCCAACACCUCGAGGCGAAUUGGAAGUUCUCCUGUCAGACAAGUCACAGUCACAUCAGCGAACCAAGAGAAGCUGGGUCUGGAACCAGUUUUUCGUCUUGGAAGAGUAUACUGGCACCGAUCCUUUGUAUGUUGGCAAGCUGCAUUCAGACAUGGACAGAGGAGAUGGAUCCAUUAAAUACAUCCUCUCAGGAGAAGGCGCAGGCAUUGUGUUUACCAUUGAUGACACUACUGGUGACAUCCACGCCAUUCAGAGGCUCGACCGAGAGGAAAGAGCCCAGUACACUCUAAGGGCUCAAGCCCUGGACAGGAGGACAGGCCGGCCAAUGGAACCAGAAUCAGAGUUCAUCAUCAAAAUCCAAGACAUCAAUGACAAUGAGCCCAAGUUCCUGGACGGACCUUAUGUUGCCACUGUGCCAGAGAUGUCACCAGUGGGUACCUCUGUUAUCCAGGUUACAGCCACAGAUGCUGAUGACCCGACGUAUGGCAACAGUGCCCGGGUAGUGUACAGCAUUCUUCAGGGCCAGCCAUAUUUUUCUGUGGACUCCAAAACAGGUGUAAUUAGGACAGCUCUCAUGAACAUGGACAGAGAAGCCAAAGAAUACUACGAGGUGAUUAUCCAAGCCAAGGACAUGGGAGGGCAGCUUGGAGGAUUAGCUGGGACCACAACAGUCAACAUCACCCUCUCGGAUGUCAAUGACAACCCACCUCGCUUUCCCCAGAAACAUUAUCAGAUGAGUGUGUUGGAGUCAGCUCCAAUUAGCUCCACUGUGGGGAGAGUGUUUGCCAAGGACCUGGAUGAAGGAAUCAAUGCAGAGAUGAAAUACACUAUUGUGGAUGGAGAUGGUGCUGAUGCUUUUGACAUUAACACAGAUCCCAAUUUCCAAGUAGGCAUCAUAACUGUGAAGAAGCCCCUGAGUUUUGAAAGCAAGAAAAGCUACACGUUAAAAGUGGAAGGAGCCAAUCCUCACCUAGAGAUGCGUUUUCUGAACCUAGGCCCCUUUCAGGACACAACAACAGUGCACAUCAGCGUGGAGGAUGUGGAUGAGCCCCCAGUGUUUGAACCUGGCUUUUAUUUUGUGGAGGUGCCUGAGGAUGUGGCAAUUGGGACGACCAUACAGAUCAUUUCUGCCAAGGACCCAGAUGUGACCAACAACUCCAUCAGAUACUCCAUUGACAGAAGCAGUGACCCUGGAAGAUUUUUCUAUGUCGACAUUACAACAGGUGCCCUCAUGACUGCAAGACCCCUAGACCGGGAAGAAUUUUCUUGGCACAAUAUCACUGUUCUUGCUAUGGAAAUGAACAAUCCCUCCCAGGUGGGAAGUGUUUCCGUCACUAUCAAAGUCCUAGAUGUGAACGACAAUGCUCCAGAGUUCCCCCGAUUCCACGACGCUGUCGUCUGCGAGAAUGCCAAGGCAGGGCAGUUAAUCCAGACAGUGAGUGCAGUGGACCAAGAUGACCCGCAUAAUGGUCAGCAUUUCUACUACAGCUUGGCUCCUGAGGCUGCCAACAACCCCAACUUCACUGUAAGGGAUAACCAAGAUAACACUGCCCAGAUUCUAACUCGGCGAGCUGGCUUCCGGCAGCAAGAGCAGAGUGUCUUUUACCUGCCCAUCCUGAUUGCAGACAGUGGGGAGCCCGUGCUGAGCAGCACAGGCACGCUGACCAUCCAGGUGUGCAGCUGUGACGAUGAUGGCCAUGUCAUGUCCUGCAGCCCUGAGGCCUACAUGCUUCCAGUCAGUUUGAGCCGGGGUGCCCUCAUCGCCAUCCUGGCCUGUAUCUUUGUUCUCUUAGUGCUGGUCCUGCUCAUUCUGUCCAUGAGGCGGCACCGCAAGCAGCCCUACAUCAUCGACGACGACGAGAACAUCCACGAGAACAUCGUCCGCUACGACGACGAGGGCGGCGGCGAGGAGGACACGGAGGCCUUCGACAUCGCGGCCAUGUGGAACCCGCGGGAGGCGCAGGCGGGCGCCGCCCCCAAGACGCGGCAGGACAUGCUGCCCGAGAUCGAGAGCCUCUCCCGCUACGUGCCUCAGACGUGCGCCGUCAACAGCACCGUCCACAGCUACGUCCUGGCCAAGCUCUACGAGGCCGACAUGGACCUGUGGGCCCCGCCCUUCGACUCCCUGCAGACCUACAUGUUCGAGGGGGACGGCUCGGUGGCGGGGUCGCUGAGCUCCCUGCAGUCGGCCACAUCAGACUCCGAGCAGAGCUUCGACUUCCUGACGGACUGGGGGCCCCGCUUCCGGAAGCUGGCGGAGCUGUACGGAGCAGCGGAUGCGCCUGCGCCGCUGUGGUGACGGAAGCCUGGAGGCAGGCGUGCGUCCAAAUUCAGACGUUCUCGGCAGAGGCUUCGCGGACGCGGUGCGGCCGACCCCAUGAGCAAUACUGCGCUGGAGAGUCGAGGGUGGGCGUGAGCCGGCGAGCAGAGCUCUCUCUGGAUCAGCUUUACUUGGUUAGGUUAAGCUAGGUGGUCAAAAGGAAACCCAGGAAGACGAGGGGAUAAUCUCCAAUUGCCAUUUUUCCUUUCUUUUUAAAAUUUUGGAUAUGGUGUUCAGAGCUUAGGUGUUACGGCAAGCUUGGCGUUUCGUUGCUGUUCUUCAAGGUUUCUCACUUUGUCACCACAAAAAGGCCCAGAUGUUAACUGAACGCAGAUGGAAAGGUCUACUCUCGUGUCCAUUUUUUAUCUUUUUCUCCUAAAUGGAAAGUUUUGCUGGAUCAUCAAAAUGCAGAAACCCACCCACGCAAAAGAAGCAGAAAAAAAUGGUUCCUGGGUGAGAUCGACCGAUUUGUUCUGGGAUGGAUGGAAUUUCUUUUAACCCUUUGAGACAAGGUGAAGACUGAAUCAUCCUUGCAUGGGGGUGGGUGGGAGGGUGGGAGAAGGAAGAGACAUUGUGUGCUUGAGUACAAUGGCUGGACCAAGAUUUGGCAUUACGGCUAAUCCACCAACACCGAGACGGCCUGCCCAUGGCCUCCUCUGUAACCCUGCGAAAUUGUCCAGAAUGAAACCAGAAAGUCUGCCUCUUUUGCACUGUAGAUGUCUCUUCCAUGUGCCAAAUGUGGAGAUUAGAUGCUACAAACGAAAGCCAAAUAAGAAGAAGUAUCUGAUAAAAGCAUGGGUUAGAGGGCUUUCCUAAUCUGUGUGAGGUCAAUCCAAGGGAUGUUUACAUACUGUAGAUAACCUACUUGAACAAAAUCAGUAUUAUAGAGGAUAAAUGGAUGUAAGAAAAUUACAUGUAUAAGUUUUGUAUAUUUGUUAAUAAUUUUGGUAAUAAAUAUGAUGUACUGCAUCUCAGUACCUUAGCGUUUCUUUUAAUAAAAGUUAAAUAGAAGGGAAAGGCUA